ACACUAUACACUGUCUGGUCCACUGGAGCAUAAAUUAAAGAGAAACAAGGUAGUCAAGCAAGUAGGCGGCAAGAGGAAGGGGGCGGAGACAUCAUCAGGGAGUAUAAACUCUGAGAUGCCUCAGAGCCUCACAGACUCAACAAGAGCUCCAGCAAAGACUUUCACUGUAGCUUGACUUGACCUGAGAUUAACUAGGGAAUCUUGAGAAUAAAGAUGAGCUCUGAAAAUUGUUUCGUAGCAGAGAACAGCUCUUUGCAUCCGGAGAGUGGACAAGAAAAUGAUGCCACCAGUCCCCAUUUUUCAACACGUCAUGAAGGGUCCUUCCAAGUUCCUGUCCUGUGUGCUGUAAUGAAUGUGGUCUUCAUCACCAUUUUAAUCAUAGCUCUCAUUGCCUUAUCAGUGGGCCAAUACAAUUGUCCAGGCCAAUACACAUUCUCAAUGCCAUCAGACAGCCAUGUUUCUUCAUGCUCUGAGGACUGGGUUGGCUACCAGAGGAAAUGCUACUUUAUUUCUACUGUGAAGAGGAGCUGGACUUCAGCCCAAAAUGCUUGUUCUGAACAUGGUGCUACUCUUGCUGUCAUUGAUUCUGAAAAGGACAUGAACUUUCUAAAACGAUACGCAGGUAGAGAGGAACACUGGGUUGGACUGAAAAAGGAACCUGGUCACCCAUGGAAGUGGUCAAAUGGCAAAGAAUUUAACAACUGGUUCAACGUUACAGGGUCUGAGAAGUGUGUUUUUCUGAAAAACACAGAGGUCAGCAGCAUGGAAUGUGAGAAGAAUUUAUACUGGAUAUGUAACAAACCUUACAAAUAAUAAGGAAACAUGUUCACUUAUUGACUAUUAUAGAAUGGAACUCAAGGAAAUCUGUGUCAGUGGAUGCUGCUCUGUGGUCCGAAGUCUUCCAUAUAGACUUUGUGAAAAAAAAUUUUAUAGUGUCUUGGGAAUUUUCUUCCAAACAGAACUAUGGGAAAAAAGGAAGAAAUUCCAGGAAAAUCUGCAUUGUGGGCUUUUAUUGCCAUGAGCUGGAAGCAUCACAGGUUGACUAAUAACCAUGCCCAAGAAUGAGAAGAAUGACUAUGCAACCUUUGGAUGCACUUUAUAUUAUUUUGAAUCCAGAAAUAAUGAAAUAACUAGGCGUGGACUUACUAUUUAUUGCUGAAUGACUACCAACAGUGAGAGCCCUUCAUGCAUUUGCACUAUUGGAAGGAGUUAGAUGUUGGUACUAGAUACUGAAUGUAAACAAAGGAAUUAUGGCUGGUAACAUAGGUUUUUAGUCUAAUUGAAUCCCUUAAACUCAGGGAGCAUUUAUAAAUGGACAAAUGCUUAUGAAACUAAGAUUUGCAAUAUUUCUCUCUUUUUAGAGAAAUUUGCCAAUUUACUUUGUUAUUUUUCCCCAAAAAGAAUGGGAUGAUCGUGUAUUUAUUUUUUUACUUCCUCAGCUGUAGACAGGUCCUUUUCGAUGGUACAUAUUUCUUUGCCUUUAUAAUCUUUUAUACAGUGUUUUACAGAGAAAAGACAUAAGCAAAGACUAUGAGGAAUAUUUGCAAGACACAGAAUAGUGUUGGAAAAUGUGCAAUAUGUGAUGUGGCAAAUCUCUUAGGAAAUAUUCUGUAAUCUUCAGACCUAGAAUAAUACUAGUCUUAUAAUAGGUUUGUGACUUUCCUAAAUCAAUUCUAUUACGUGCAAUACUUCAAUACUUCAUUUAAAAUAUUUUUAUGUGCAAUAAAAUGUAUUUGUUUGUAUUUUGUGUUCAGUACAAUUAUAAGCUGUUUUUAUAUAUGUGAAAUAAAAGUAGAAUAAACACAA